CCAAUGGGGUUCAGGUUAAAAGCCACCAAAGUAUAAAAACCACCGGACAUAACCAGUAGCAGCAUCAGUUCACUUUCAACACUCUUCAGCGUAGUAAUAGCGUCGUCGGCGUGACUUACUGGUCGUGUAGCGAACCCGUGUGCAAACCCUGAGCAGCUCUCUUAACGGUCCAAUAUCUUUGAUAGCAAAGCCUUCCACCCCACCAAGCUUGGAACACAACUCGCGAACGCAAUGGCUGGUGAAAUGCUGCUGACAAGUUGUCUGGUUGCACUGUGUCUCGUGGUUCCCGGAUUAGAUGGAUCUUAUCCAAGUGGCUCCGGACAGGAAAACGUUUUCCCCCACGCUCUGAAAAACGUUCACUCGGUGGAAGUCAGUGGCCAACACUACCCGGCACCGCAAGAAAUCCACCAGCAAUAUGACCAUGCUUCAGAGUACUCGGCACCAGCUCCACAGCAUCUCCAGCAGCCGCAGCUCUUCCUGCCGCACCAGCAGUACGUGGUGCAGUCGACGUACAAUGUCGGUUCCCAUCAGGAACAUUCUCGCCAGCAGGGAAAGCAGCGCCAAACGGCCCUUCCGUACAAUAACCAGCGUCUGCACGUGAAAGUCGAACAUCCAGGCGCGGCGCAUGGUUUCACUCAUCCCAUCACUCCCUCCGCUCAGCAUCUGCGUCAGCAGUUGCUGCAGGAACCGAAGAAGGACUACCGCUCGUACAUUCCGAAAAGCAUUGCCCCGAAGCUCAACCCUCUCCAUCCGUCGUUCCACCAGAAGCGUAACUUUGUGCCACUCCAUCACAUCACGCGACAGGUGCCAGUCCCGGCUGGAAAGGUGACCCAGGGACAGCAACACUCAUCCCACGGGCAGUCAGAGCCGGUUAAGGCUGCGCUAGCUGCUUCGCCGCCAAAGCACAUCGCAGGAUAAUUGUGCUA